AUGAGAUCAAUCAAGAUACUCGACGGUCUCGUGUUCUGCAUGUCUGGAACACUCUCAAAAGGAAGAAGUGAGAUUGAAAAGAUCAUUAAAUCUCAUGGCGGAAAAGUAUCAUCAUCCAUUACAAAGGCAACGACUCAUUUGAUUACCACUCAGAAUGAAUUUGAAAGUCCAACUGGGAAAGUUUCAAAAGCGUUGGAAGAUCCCGAUCGUGUUUCUAUCGUGAAAGAAGACUUUUUGUGGGACUGUAUCGAACAAAAAACAAUUGUUCCCGUAAAGAAGUAUUUGUUUGGAAAUGAUGAUGGUGAUGAAGAUGAUGAGGAAGAUGACGGAGAAGAAGAUAACGAACAAGAUGACGAAAAAUUUGAACCUCAACAAAAGAAGAGAAAGCUCAAUACUUUGGCUGUUUCUGAACCAUUGGUAAAGUUUGAGACAUUUUCUCUUUUGAAUGAUGACCUGUUGUUUGAUAUUUUCGAGUUUUUGAAUGUGGAAGAGCUCAUUACAUUGUGUUAUGUCAAUUCCAAGUUUUAUUCAUUGAUUUCUGAUGAGAGCAAUGAAGAAACAGUGACAUUUCUAAUCAAUGUGAAAAAUAACUAUAUCAAAUCUCGUGUCGCAUCAUUCUCCAAACCAUCCGCAUUUUUUGCAAGAAUCCACAAUAAGGAAUAUGAUGUGGAGGAUGAAAAUAGACGUCUCAGAUACAUGACUCCAGAAGAGGCUGAAAAGGAAGCAAAGAAAGAGAAACCAAUUGUUGAAAGCUUGGUCAAGUCACAAGGUAGAAUGGCGUCUUUCUUGGAAAAGUGGAAAACCUGGAAGAGCAAGCAUGUCAAGGCCAUUAAGGCCUAUCAGACCUUACACAAGAAUGCAAAGAGAAGUGACUACAAGUACAGUUUGUUCGAUUCUAUCAAGUUCAGAAGAUUUAUGGACAGAUUCUUCGAUGGUGAUUUCAUUUAUGCAAGAGUAUCAGAUGGUGGCGAUGAUAUGGAUAACGACGAACCAGUCGAUGGACAGGAAGAGAGAAAGAACACUUUCAAAGGAGGUAUCAAAAGCCAACUCAGAAAAACCCUUAACCACAUUGAAAAGUUUGAAGAAAUUAGCUUUGGUCGUCACGAGGAAGAAAUGUAUGACAAUUAUCCAAAAAUUUAUUAUAAUUGGAUUAAGACAAAUGCUGCCAAGUUGCAAACAAUUAAGAGCAUUUACAUGAUGGAGGUCCCUCAAAGUGAUUGUGAAGUUUCAUGGAUUCACCACAAUGAUAUUACAGAGGUUUUGAACAGCUUACCCAAGUUGAGUAUUUGGCAAUCAAAAGGCUCUAUUGAUUUGCAACUUCAACCAAACAUUUCUCAUGUUUCUCUAAGAUCUAUCAUUUUGGUUUCGACUGGUUUGUCUGCUCCAUUUUUGGCAAAUUUAUUUAAGGCCUAUUUGCCAAAUCUUAAUCAUUUAGAACUGUUUUUAGGAACGAGUGACCAAGGUGGUGACUUUGAUCCUGCAUUGCUUGAGAUAACAUUGUUGAAGAAAGAGGAAACUGGCAUUUUCCCAUCCUUGACCUAUCUGGGCCUCAGAAACUACGAACACAUCAACAAGAUCACUAAAGCCAUCUUUGAGAGCGCCAUUGCCAAGCGUGUAAGCACCAUUGACAUUUCAUUGGGUAAUCUCUAUGAUCGAGGUGUCAAACCGUUUAUUGAAAUUUUGGAGAAGGGUAUUAACUCGGACUUUAUGUGCCUCGAAGUGCUGGACCUCCAACACAACUACAUAACCAAACAAAUGAGACAGCGUUUGCUCGAGUUGCCAAUUGUUGUAAAUUGUGCUCCAUCCGAAGAUUUGUUUGGCUCAAACAAUAAUGACGACAAUGAAGAGGGCAACAAUGAAGACGAAGAUGAUUAUGGUGACAGGUAUAUUGCCCUUAGUGAGUAG